UCCCUUUUUUCAAUCGAACACUGUCCACAUGGCCCUCUCUCAACACAGAUCGAUCAGCGCGAUCGCAUUCAUUUCUGGUUAAAGCUGCUUCUCUCGAUCGGCGUCUGAUUUUUGGGCAUUUUCUUUUCUCCCCAUUGACGCAUUGCGUCAACACCACCAUGGCUGAAGAUGAAAAACACAUGGAGAGCCCAGAGACAAUCCCGCACUGGCGAUUGCUCACCGACCAAGGCGUCGUGACUCGUGAAAUCCUCGAAUAUGACUAUCCUGGAUCCGGCACUCAGGAUGACCCAUAUGCGGUAUCCUGGAUUCCAAACGACCCUCGCAAUCCGAUGUUAUUCAGUCUGGGAAAGAAGAUCACCAUCACGUUGACCGUCGCCUUUUCGACUCUGAUUGUUUCUCUGACCUCGUCUGCGUAUAGUGGCAGUAUCAAACAGAUCAUGUCGCAUUUCGAAGCCAGCGAGGAAGUCGCCACCAUCGGUUUGUCUCUUUUCGUGCUUGGUUUCGCAAUUGGGCCUCUUCUCUGGGCUCCACUAAGUGAGGUCUUUGGGCGACAGCGACCGUUUUUCGUUAGUUUCGUCGCCAUGGCUGCGUUUUCUGCUGGCUGUGCCGGUGCUCAGAAUAUCCAAACUCUUCUUGUCCUUCGUUUCCUCGCUGGUUCAUUCGGAUCUUCACCAUUUGCCAAUGGCGGCGGUACCAUUUCUGACAUGUUCCCCGCCAAGCAGCGCGCUCUUGCUCUCGGUCUAUACGCCGGAGCGCCAUUCAUGGGACCCUGUCUAGGUCCAUUCAUCGGUGGCUUCCUCGGGAUGAACGCAGGUUGGCGAUGGGUUGAAGGAUUCCUAGCCAUAUGCGCAGGGCUCGUAUUGAUUCUAAUCACCCUCCUUCUCCCAGAGACAUACGCACCGAUUCUUCUCCGCAAACGAGCCGAACGCCUAUCCCAGAUGACAGGCAAAGUGUAUAGAAGCAAAGUGGAAAUUGACAAGGGGAAACGGUCAUUGCCGAAACUACUUCAAUCGUCCAUGUCGACACCGUGGGUGUUGCUGUUCCGGGAACCGAUCGUGUUUCUUUUUGCGGUUUACAUUGCUAUUGUGUAUGGGACGCUGUAUAUGAUGUUUGCGGCGUUUCCGAUUGUGUAUGAGAAGUAUCGAGGGUGGAAUCAGGGUGUUGGAGGACUGGCGUUUAUCGGCGUCAUGACGGGGAUGAUUCUGGCGACGUUCUACACUAUUACAGAUAAUAAACGGUAUGCGCGCGUGCAUGAAGAGCAUGAUGGGUUUGCACCGCCUGAAGCGAGAUUGCCACCGUGCAUGCUUGCCUCUAUUCUUAUCCCCAUCGGCCUGUUCUGGUUUGCCUGGACAAACUCGCCCUCCAUCCACUGGAUUGUCAGCAUCAUCGCCGUCGCGCCUUUCGGCUUUGGCGUUGUCAUCAUCUACCUCGGGGUGAUGAACUACCUCAUCGAUUCCUACACUAUCUACGCUGCGUCUGUAUUAGCAGCAAACUCCCUCCUCCGAUCUCUGGCGGGUGCAGCAUUCCCCCUCUUCACGACAUACAUGUACGACCGACUCGGUAUCCACUGGGCAUCGUGUAUUCCUGCAUUCCUGUCGCUAGCGUACGUACCCGCCCCAUUUCUCUUCUAUAAAUACGGCGCAGCUGUCCGGACGAGGUGUAAAUAUGCCGGACAGUCAGCUGCGUAUAUGCGCAAAAUCCAGGAAAAUGCAGAGCAGGCGAAUGCCAGAAAGCAGGUUGAGAUGGAGGAGGCACGGCCAAAAGAACAGGGGGGAUAAUCACUGUGCUGGUUUAGGUGAUAGAAUAAAAGUGCUUCUACAUAGACUUUUUUAGCGGGUGUUGGGCAUUUAUCAAUAGAGUACCUCUAAUGUGUUCUUUAUCUGGGAUUGAUCUCUAGAAGUUGGCGUUGAACGUGGGUACGGGAUAUAUAUAAAUACGUCGGGGGAAACGGGUGCCUGGAGAUCGAUAUCUUAAAUAGGCCAGUACGGAGAAUAGUGCUUAAAAAAAGGGCCAGUUCUUAAAUAUACAGGUUUGAAGAUAGUUAUCCAAAAGUUUAAAUAAUUAGUGGUUUUAAAAUGGG